CCUAGAGCGCAGUCACACCCACUGCUGGUCCAACAGCGACUUCGACCCAUGCGUUAGUCGCUUUUUGGGGUGGCGAGAACAGGGUUGUCGAGGCUGACCAGAAGGCAUGUAAGAGAGGUCGCGGAGAUGCUUCGCCACAGGAACUGGGUCCGAACAAACUGCCUGACGGCGGCAUGUUAAAGCGUAUGCCAGGGCCAUUAAAGAAGCUGCAGGCCCAGCCAUGCUUCUGCCAUCGCGAGCUGUGCAGAGAUUUGUAUGUUGAGAGAGACUGGUCAUUUGUUCCAGGAACGUGCAUUGAACCAUCUCAGGCACCCAGCCCAGCAUGACCAACCAGCCUCCACUUGAGAGAUCCCUUCCUGUUCUGAUACGGCUGCAUGGGACUCGAGAACCGUCAAGCAGCCUCGACGUGAACCCCUCAGGCCACUCGAUGGACAGCGACCUUUUCACCGCCCGGGCACCAUCGUCUCGGUCGUCGCUCCUCCCGGAACGCCCCGUAUACAACAGCAACGGGUGGCAGUCUCCACCGCCAACACCGCUUCCCGAUCCAGACGUUGAGAUAGCUGACCAGCUCAUGGAGGAGAUCGUAUUCGGCUUCGGGGAGACGCUGCCCUCCCGAACCACAACCCUCACAGUCGGGAACGAAUGCGCGGCAGACGUCCCGGCCACUCUUUGCACCGUACCUGAGAACCCGGCCGGCUCACAAACAGACGGCUCCCCCGCGUUGCACACCGAGGCAUCAACUCCGCGAGCUGAUGCGUCCUCCUUCGGCGGCCCCAUCUGGUCAGCUUCGCCGGGGGAGAGGGACAUGUUUGGGCAUGAUCUUCUUCCCCUGACGCCGGCGCUCACUCCGAUUCGCAAGCGGUCCGCGAGCCCCCUAUCCGGUCCUCGUCAGGAGAGACGACGGAGGGUGGAAGCACAGCCCGUUGACGAGGCCUUGGGGGAGGAAUUCUCCAUAGACAUCGGCUUUCGGGAGCUCGCUCGCAGCCCAGCAGCAACCAAUGGUAGCGAGGGUCAACUCGAUUCAGAUCUGGUCGGAACGCCGGGCUAUCCCGCGAGCGAACCGGACACUUGCCAGCCCGGCCCGAACGAAAGAGAAACGAACAGCUACCUUGCAUACCGUUCUACCCAGGGGGAGCGGGUCGACCACACAUCAGAAGGUAAGCCAAGCUUUGUUGUUGUGAUCGUGACGCUUGUUUGAUCUCAGCUGACAGAGCGGCCCGGCAGAGGUCCCUUUAAGCACAGAAACGCGUCCGGCGGAGGAGUCACGGGCCACUCGGCCGC